GGCUAUGUCCACCCGGUGCGGCGAGGGGGGCAGCGCCAGAGGCACACAGCCGCGCGCGGGCUACAGAGCCCAGAACCAGCCCUGCAAAAUGCACUUAGGACCCCCGCGGCUGGAAGAAUGAGCUUGUCCUUCCUCCUCCUGCUCUUCCUCAGUCACCUGAUCCUCAGCGCCUGGGCUCAAGGGGAGGAGCGCCUCGCACCCAAAGGGCAACCCGGACAGGCUGCCACCGGUAGGAACCCCGGAGGAGCCAGCAGCAGCCGGAGCAGCAGUAGCACGAAGUCUUCCUCUUCUUCCUCUGUCUCCUCCUCCCCCGGCGCUCCUCUGGGCAGUCAAGGAAAUGGCUUGGAGCAGAGCAGUUUCCAGUGGACCCCCUCGGGGCGCCGGACCGGCAGCCUCUACUGCAGAGUGGGCAUCGGUUUCCAUCUGCAGAUCUACCCGGAUGGCAAAGUCAAUGGCUCCCACGAAGCCAAUAUGUUAAGUAUUUUGGAAAUAUUUGCUGUGUCUCAGGGGAUUGUAGGAAUACGAGGAGUUUUCAGCAACAAAUUUUUAGCGAUGUCAAAAAAAGGAAAACUCCAUGCAAGUGCCAAAUUUACAGAUGACUGCAAGUUCAGGGAGCGAUUUCAAGAAAACAGCUAUAAUACCUAUGCCUCAGCAAUACACCGAACUGAAAAAACGGGGCGGGAGUGGUACGUGGCCCUGAACAAGAGAGGGAAAGCUAAACGGGGCUGCAGCCCCCGUGUUAAACCUCAGCACAUCUCUACCCACUUUCUGCCAAGAUUCAAGCAAUCAGAGCAGCCAGAACUUUCUUUCACAGUUACUGUUCCUGAAAAGAAAAAGCCACCUAAUCCCAUCAAGCCAAAGGUUCCCCUCUCCGCACCUCGGAGAAGUCCCAACACAGUGAAAUACAGACUCAAGUUUCGCUUUGGAUAAUACUCAUCUUGGCCUUGUGAGAAACCAUGCCUUCCCUUCAGGAGUUUCUGUAGGUGUCUUUGUGCUCUGAAGACAACUUUUUGGACACAGCUUCAGUUACACUACACUGUACUGAAGUCAGGACAUUUGUUUCAGUUUGGCUGAAACAAAAAUGUCUCCUGAUAGGAACUAAACUGGAAUUCUUUGUACCAAUACAGGGAGCUCACUGCUUUAGUUCAGUAUGACAUAAAGCCUUUUGCUUUAUGCUUGGUGCAUACUGGGACUCUGUUUCCAGAAAGUUAAAUGGUGGGGAUUAUGUAUUUUUCUGACUUUUACAGAUCAACCUGAAAAAGCAUACGAUACAUUUUUAUUUUUGGUUUCCAAAGACUAUUUUGAUGCAGAUAAAAAUAUUUUAUUAACGUUUGUUUUUUGGGUUUUGGUUUUUUUUAAAGUACCUUGCAUUGAGCAUAUUUUCUUACUUUUGUUAUUUUUAAUUAAUAAGACAUAAAACAGCCAUUUUAAUGCAAUUUAUGAAUUAUAAAUGUGUUUAUAGCCUGUUUAUAACAUGUGGAUUUAUUUUUCAUUUUUCUUAUUCAUUGCACUUUUAAUUUUUAUUGUGAUUAUUUUUUUUUACCAUACCUCAGAUAAUGUAAGUUAGUCUUGCAUCUUAAAAUGUUUAAAUUCUCUUCAACAGCACCAAAUGUUGAGCUUGGGUUUGUAUGUGUGUGUGUGUGUGUGUGUGUGUGUGUGUGUGUGUGUGUAUAAAUUCAUGCUAUUAUAUGGAAUCCUGUCUUUUUGGUGGCUGGGCUACAAUGAAUUGGAAGUAAGGAGAAAAUAUAAGGACUUUUUUGGUGGAAUUAAAAGUUGGAGAUAAGGAAGAGGAUUAGAGGUACAAGUACACUGAGUUUGCAGCAUUUACUGAUAUCUAAUUCUGCCUUGCCUUCACUUCUCCUUUUAUCUACCCUGCCCUCAUUCUUUAACUGCUGGAGGAAUACAUUUUAUUCUGUCCAUCAAACAUACACUAUGAAACCAGAGUGCUUAAAAUACCUCUUUUAUGACCCUCUUCUAUCUCCACUGUAUAGAUCCACAGGGAGCAACCCACUUAGUGGAAACACACAGAGAACCGAAGGAGAUGAAUCAUGUAACAGUUACCCAUGUCAAGUCCCAUUGUCAAAAAUAUUCUUAUUACUCAGUUAAACACACUUUGAGUUUCCUAUCCUAAAGGUAACCAUCCCAGUGAAUAGAUCUGCCCUUUUAUAAGGAAAAUUUCUGAUGUAUGUUUUUAAAAAGUUGGCUGUGCGAUAUGGGAAACUUAAUUUGGGAAUUUGAUGAGUUGAAAACGGCACUUAAUUGUCAACCCAAAUACUGGAUGUUGGGCAUAAAUCACAGAAAAUUUAACUUAAAAGAAUUUAUAUAAUUUAUUUUCUUGGGUAAUCAUUUUUAUGGCGUUCUAUGAAACAUAAGUGUUUAUCUUCAGAAAUGUGGCAAUAAAAACGGUAAAGCUAAUGUUUAAAAGUAUGUCUCAUAGGAAGAACAAAAGCAUUCACAGAAAGUUUAUGGUUUGUAUUUAAGCAUGUUUCUUUUCUUUUAGAGAAUAUUGCUAAACUUCUUUUAAAAACAAAGUAUGUUUUAUUUUGAUGCACAAAUGCAAAAUAGAAACUCAGCAAAAUUGAACUUACUACCAUUUAAGCAGACUGCUUUGUUUUAAUGGAAACUAUACACAUAUAUUUUAUACAAUAUAUAUAAAAUCCAUCCAUCAACUAAAACAUCACACGUAUACUCUAGAAUGGUGUUUUAUUAUAAAACUAUAAUAUGAUUAAACAUUGUUUGCAUUUAAUGCAUAAUUUUUUAUUUUUAAAAUCUAUUAUUAUUAUUAUUAUUAUUAUUAUUGUCACACCACGAGGCAUGCCGGAUCCUAGUUCCCCGACCAGGGAUGGAACCCGUGCCCCCUGCAGUGGAAGCAUGGAGUCUUAACCACUGGGCCACCAGGGACAUCCCUUAAUACAUGAUUUUUUAAAAACAAAAUACAAUGCUACAAUAGUUUUAACUAAUUUAUACAUUAAAAAUCUCCUGGAUUAAAUGAAAUGAAAUUUUGCCAACACAGAUAUCUUACUCUUAUCUAAUUGGUAUAUCACAUAUAUACAUGGUAUAAAGCUAAAAAUAAUCCUCUAGUUUAUUUUAAUAUAUCGUUAAAAAUUGUACACUGUAUAUCAAGUUCUUACUACACAUGAGAAAUAAAAUUGCAGAACAGGAGAACAGUAGACAUAUGUCCCUAAAUGGGCAAGGAAAAGAUGACUUUAAUGAUGAUUAACAACAAACUAAGUUAAUGUAUAUAUUGUAUUCGACAAAUGUUGCUGGUAAUUUAUGUUAAACUAAAAAAAUUACCUUAUCUUGUACUCCUAGUUUGAUUUGAUUAGCAUUUGGAAGUUCAAGUAGAAUAGCUACCAAAUAUAUAUUAUGCAAGUCAGGAUUCAUUAAUUUCAAAAUUUAAAGCCAAGCUAAAAUUAAAAAGAAAUAACUUUAAAUUACACUUCUCUUUAGUU